UGGCAGAGGGCCUCUGUAGUAAUGGGGCGGAUCAGCUACCGCCCGCUGCGAGUGUACUGCCCCGCCACAACCAGUUCUUCCUCGUUACGAGAUGGCAUCGUCGCGGCCCAAGAUCAUCCUGUUCAGCGGCGACCUUCCGCCUGCCGAGUCGCCGGGCCAGCCCACGAGCACCAACUACACCGAGCUCAGCCAUGACUUUACAAGGAAAACAGCGAAGAAGUUCGAUACGCGCGACGAAUCGCCCAUGUACCACUUCCCCCACCACCAGCGGCACCACCACCAGGCGCCCCAGUCGCACCAACCUCAUCAAAUUCCUCCAAAGCAAGUCCCCGACAAAUUUGUGUCGAUUGGCCAGGCGGCGUACGCUGUCGGGAGUAAGCACAUGAGCAUUGCAGCAUAUAGCCGCGCCAACAUGCGAAUGUCGUGGGGAGUCAUGGCAGGCAUCGCAAUCGGCGCAGUUCUCGUCAAUUGGGGCAGCUACAUGGAAGAUGGAACGAUUUCCCCGACGAUGGCGCAUUGGAUUGGACUCCUCGGAGGGCUCUACUUGCGAGCGGUGUUUUGUAUCGUGGUCCCGAUGGUGUUUGCGUCCAUGUCGCUCGGCAUUGCCGAGAUCCUACGUAUCGGCAAAGGCCGUCGCAUUGCGUGGCGUGUGCUGGGGUACUUUCUUCUGACGAAGUUGUUUGCUGCGUGCGUUGGGCUCGCGAUGGCCCUUGCGUUUCAAAGCAAGUUCACGCCCCUGGAAUUCAAGACCGACAUCACGCCUGGGUUGGCAUCGCUCCGUUGUGGUCCAGGCAACAUGAACUUCAUCACGGCGUCUGCUUCGGGCGUCGUGACGUGCGAGAGUAAGCCGAAUGGGGCGAACAUGUCGUCGUCCCUGUUUGUGAUGAAAGACACCAACAACGUGUUUUCGAAGAACCCGAAUCCCAACUCGAUUCCGUCGACCAAAGUUGGCCAGGCGCUGCUUGUCCUGAGCAACGACAUUAUCCCGGACAACGUUGUCCGCGCCAUGGUGUCGACCAACAUCCUGAGCAUCGCCAUGUUUGCCGUCAUCUUCGGAGCCGCCGUGUGCAAAAACUACCGCCAAAACUCGACUGGGACACACCACGUGAUGGAUCUGCUCCGCCAAGUGAACUUUGUGUGUGAACUCUUUGCCGAGUGGCUCCUCGUCAUGUCUCCGAUUCCGUUGUGCACGUUGGUGGCCGGUGCGUUUGCGGAAGGCCAAGCGACUGCGAAAGAUAGCUUCCUCCUGCCGUGCGUGUACUUUAUCGUCGCGUACGUGUCGGCGAUCGCCAUCUAUUCAGGGCUGGUCUUGCCGCUGUUCUUGUUCGUCACGACCAAAAUCAACCCGUACGCGUAUCUGUCGUCGAUUUUGCCAGCGCAAUUGUUUGCGUUUAGCAGUUCGUCGUCGGCGGCGACAAUUCCAUUCACGCUGCGGUGUGUGGAAAACACGCAGCAAGUCAGCUCGUCCGUCGCUCGAUUCACUGUCAUCUUGGGCGCGCCGCUAAACAAGGACGGGUGUGCGCUGUACCUCCCCAUGUCCAUGGUGUUUAUCGCCAAGAUCGCCAACAUUUCGAUCGCACCGGCGAGCUACCCGUACAUCCUCGCGCUGAGCAUCGUGUCGUCGGUCGUGACACUACCGCUCCCGAAUUCAGCCCCCAUCACGUUGUACAGCAUCUGGACCGCCGUCCAAGUCGAGUCGUUCCCUACCUCGAUUUCGUUCCUGGUUUGGAUUAACUGGCUCGUCGACCGAAUAGCGACUGUCAUUAACGUCACGGGGGACACCGUGGUGGCAAGAAUUGUGGCGCAUCAAGUCGACGAAUCGGUCGUAUCGGACCAGGACACUGCCGCCCCCGAUUCAUACUGAGCCACCUCCACCACAUUGUGUUUGUGGAGAGAGAUCAAUUUACGUGUGCAUGUUUAUUCGUCUGGACACACCAAUUCGUCAACGAGGCACUUUGUCGAACGCAUUGCGUUGGCCGCGAUGCCACUGGAUUGCACGGAUGCC